GUUUAUUGGUACUAUCUUAAGUACUUUAUUUAGUUGUGAUUGGUGGUUCUAUCAUGGUGUUGGUGGUAUCUGGUACUUUAUAUGUACUUGUACUAAAUAUCAUCACACUUUCCAGUGCUUCUAAUAAAAAAGGAGUUGGGAUAUCAUGGAACACACAGUAUCACUGUACGGAUGAAGCCACCUUAAAUAACGUUCAUUGGUGGUACGACUGGCGACAAUCACCCGACCAAAUGCACUUACAACAUCACUGUCCAACAACCGUUAGAGCAGGAUAUGUACCGAUGGUGAAUGGAAUGCAUUUUGAAAGAGGAAUUAAUAUUUCUGGUAACUCGCAAUAUCUUCUUGGGUUUAAUGAGCCGGACCACCAAAAACAUGCAAAUCUAACUGUAGCACAAGCUGUCGUCAUGUGGAAAGAAUUAGAGAAGCAUGCCACAGGAAAAACCUUGGUUGGCCCUGCAGUAACAAAUCUUAACUGGUUACAACAAUUUAUACAGCAAUGUCACCAAUGUAGAAUUGACCACGUGGCUGUCCAUAUAUAUAAGUGCAAUACACAUCAAAUAAUGGCUAGACUUAAGCAUAUAUGGGAUAUGUUCCAUAAACCCAUAUGGCUAACUGAAUUCGCUUGUCCUCAAACUACAUCAGUUAAUGAACAGCUUCGGUUGAUGAGAGAGCUUCUUCCACUUUUGGAGUCUGCGCCGUAUGUUUUUCGAUACGCUUGGUUUGUUAGUAGAAGGUUACACCAUAAUGAUGGUUCUUGGGUUGAUGGUUCAGCGAGUCUGAUGAAGGAAAAUUCAGCAGAACUUUCAGCACUUGGACAUUAUUACAACAAUUUUAUGUAAUACAAUGAAUCGAAAGUGUAUGAUUUGAAAUCGGUACUAUUUCUCCUGUUUAUUUCUUUUCUCUGAAGCACAUCCUAGAUAACAUUGAUGCAUAUAAUUGCAUAUUAUGAUAAUAAAUUGACAGCUGUUAAAA